GUCUACGUCGCCGCCAUUUUCAAAACAAAGUUGAGUUACAGUAUAUUUUUAUAAUUUUAUUCUAAAUUAAAGUUUGAUUAAGUAGGUAUGCCUUCAGCAGGAGACGAAAAUGUAUUCAGACUUCCAGAAGUUAAAGAUGAGAAAAAAUCAAGACGUCAUUCAAUCAUAGGUUUAGGUUUUGACAUUCCAAAACUGGGAAAACGAAAAAGAAAACAAGCAGAUGAAGACAGUAUUAGCAUUCAGAGUUAUGACACAAGUAAAGCUAAGCAGAAAAAGAGCCGAAAAUCAAUGCUUAGAGUUUCCUCCAUUGCCAAUCUUCUGUCUCCUUCAAAGUCUAUCAAGAGAGAAAAUGAAUUUCAAAGAUCAAUCAGCUUGAAAGUUCCCCCAUCCCCUGUUACCAAACACAAUGUGACCCCUUACAAGGCCCCCCAGCCUUCCCCCGCAAAGCGGCGACUCAGUCGCACAUGGAGUGAGAUGAUGAGUACUACAGAGGGACAUAUCCCCUCACAGCUGUCACACAGAGACAUCAAAAGACAAGAGGCAAUAUAUGAGUUGUAUCAGGGUGAAAAUGAUCUGGUUGAAGACUUGACCAUCGUAAAAAAGACAUACCGGGAUUCUAUGGAGAAGUUACAACUAAUGACAGCUUGGGAACUAAGCCAGAUAUUUGGUCCCAUUGACAUGCUUAUUCCUAUUCAUGAAGAGCUUGCAUGUGGUCUACAGAACCAGAGACUACCAGAUGGGACGACCCGAGAUGUGGGAGCUCUCUUGGUGGAGUGGGUACAGAAACUAAAGGAGUAUGUUCCAUUCUGUGCCAAUCAGGUGUUUGGAAAGGCUAUGUUGGACGAGAAGAAGAACGAUCCAGCGGUAGAUGAUUUCCUACAGAGGUGCCAGGAUUCUCCUUUCAGUCGCAAACUUGACCUGUGGACUUUGUUAG